CAACAGACAGCAUGUUCUACACCCUAAAUGACUCAUAUUUACAUGAUUUGCACAGAAAAUAAGAGAAAAGUGCUCCCACCUCCAGACCUCAUAGAGGUUUUUCCUGUGAAGAUAUGGAUUCAGUGGGAGUGGAUGUUAUUGAAAGUGCAGCUCUUGGGAGACCCUUCCAGCUGGGGAUGCUGUAUGACUGCAGAAAAGAAGCACUAAUACCAGGAAUCACACUAUGGGACAAUGAGCAGCUGCAGCAGAAUAUACAUUCUCAUCCUCAAAUUAAUACACAUUUCAAUGUUACAGCUUCAGACUCCAUUGAAGAAAAAUCUCGCCUGCUGAACAUUGACGGUGUCUAAAAUUGAGUUUGUUAGGUGGGCGCCUCAAUCUAAGUGGAGCAGGCAAGUAUCUCAGUGAUACCAAGAAGUCAUUCAAACAACAGAGACUGACUUUACAUUAUCAUUCAACCACCAAGUUUGAAGCACUGGCCAUGAACCACUUGGCUUCUGGAAAUAUAGCUCACUAUGAACUGUUUGAUAAUGAUACAGCCACACAUGUGGUGACAGCUGUGCUGUAUGGGGCGGAUGCUUGCUUUGUUUUUGAUAGAGAUGUUUCAUCAGAUGAAGACAAGAGCACUGUAGAAGGAGAAGUAAAAGCCGCCUUUGAGAAACUAAAGGGCAUUUCGGGAAAUGGAGAGAUUAAUAUAAGCAGGAAUGACCAUCAGAAGAAUGCUGUUCAAAAAUUCAGUUGCACUUUUUAUGGUGACUUUCAGUUACCAUCUAAUCCAGCCUCUUUUGAAGAUGCUUUGAGGGUUUUUGCUGAUCUUCCAAAACUCCUGGGAGACAACAAAGAACUUGCAGUUCCAUUAAGAGUUUGGCUUUAUCCCCUAGACAAACUACAUUCAUCUGCUGCAAAACUUCAAAAAGAAAUCCACACAAGUCUAAUAAAAAAUGUUGAAUCAGUAAUCGAGAGUUUAAACAUCACUGAAAUGAAAUGCAGUGACCUCCUGAAGGAUACACCAUCUUUGGCUUUUACAGGAUUUCAUAAUAAAAUAAUGCUCAUUAAGCAAAAUUGCUGUGCCUAUAAGUUGAGUCUUAUGAGGAAACUUGGCUCUCUGUUGCCAAAAAUCCGUGGGGACUUGGAAAAGGAAACAGCCCUGACUGAUCUUCUGCUCAAUCAUGAGGAAUGUCCAUUCAGAGGAAGUGAUCUUGAGCAAUGGAUGAAAAAGAAAGAGACAGAAUCAAUCACAAUUAAAUCAUUACUUAGACAACUGAAAGACUCUGGAGCAAAGGUGGAAGAAUUUCUAGAUGAAAUUUUGAUGGAUCUGGAUGUUGAAAAUGUGGUUAGCUACACUUUCACAUCAUUAGAGUGGCCAGAUGUUCUCCUUUCCAAGCAGAAGGCCUUCCUGAAUCCAUCAGCAAAAGACCACAAUGAUGGCAAUGCACCUGACCCUGAACAAAAUACUGGCUUCUUCCCUGACAUCAAAAUGACUAUGAGGAGAAACUUGACAAUCUUUAAAAAUCUGAUCAAAUCAAAUACAUGUAAAUCAACUAAAUUUAUUGUCACAUCAAAAGAGAUGAAAAACCUUCCAGGUUCUUGCAUUCUCCUGUAUGAAAAUGGAUCUGAGGAAGCCACCUGCUUUACUCCUCCAUUAAAACCAUCCUGCUCAGUCACUAAACACAUCGCAAGUGACAGCGUGGUUAUUACAGUCUCUCCAUCAUGUCCUGCAACAGAAGAGCUCAAGUUACAGUACAGAAUGAAGGAGGACAAGGACUGGAAAUAUCAAUCUGUGCUACAGGGACAAAGUAAAGCUACUCUGAAAGACCUCAGACCAGACAUUGAGUAUGAGAUCAAAUGUGCAGCUGUGGGGAAACUGAACUACACCGUAGAAAGUGAUGUCAUCAAAGUUACUACAAACAGUAACUACAAAAGAAAGGGAACUUCAUGAAGAAACUCCUGGAACAUUUGGGUUUGGCUGAGUAUUAUGAUGAGAAGCUUAGUCUACACACCGUGAUGCAGAUCGACAAGAACAGUGUGACAGAUGUGCCUGUUCAGUCCCUUUCAGAUCUGCCAUGGCUGUUCUUGAAGAGACUGAUGAUGCUACAAAGGUCAGCAAGGAGUGUUAAGUGUUCAGAUGGGACAGAAGAUUCAGAUAAAAAUGAUGAUCAAGAGACUGAAUCAGACUGUGCUCAGUCAGUUAAUCCUUUAGAUGUUUUGACUGCUGUGUUCCUUUGUUCUGACUGUUUUCUUCAGCAGUUAAUGAUCAUGAAAAUGUCCAUGUGUCAGUUUGCUGUUCCUCUGCUGCUUCCAAACAGUGAUAACAAUCAGAUCACUCUUAUGCUUUGGGCAAUGAGAGAUCUUGUGAAAAAAUACAGACCACACUCUCUAUCAGAUUCAAGUGCUUUUGUGGAAGAAAGGAUUGCUCUCUCAGAAAUACCUUUAGUGUCUUUUGUGAGACUUGGAAGGUGCAACAUUUCCAAAUCAGAAAUUCUGAAUAAGUUGCUCAGCAAUCCACAGCAGUACACUGAUAUCUUUGUGCACUUCAACAUGGAUUGUGGAAACAUCAAUAAGAAAAUAUCAAAUGGCUUAGUUGAGAUGUCCUGGUAUCUUCCUUGUGGAAACAAGAAUAUUGAUGUCUUUCCUGAGCCUGUAGCGAUUGCAAACUUGAGAGGUGACAUUCAGGACUUUGAAACACAGUACACUUUUCUGUGUGAGGCUUCGACUGCUGUGUUUAUGUUCUUUGAUUCACAGCUUUUAGAUACACAGUUCAUUUCAGUCCCCAGUCAGAAAUCUACACCUCAGCUAUUUUUUGUGGGGGAUUCCAAGAAUAUGAGCAUAGAAGCUACAGUCAGCAAGCUCAGCCUGAACAAAAGUAGUUUAAUUGUUAAAGGUAAGCAGAAUAAUGCAGACUUUGCUGACAAAAUCCAGAGUAAGUUGCAAGAUGUGAUUAACAACAAUAGUUACAAAACGUCUGUUGCUCAUUUAGCUAAGACUGCACAAAAACUGAAAAUCUUGGUGGAUGAGGAUGCUGAAGAAUGUCAGCGUGCCAAAGCAAAUGCAGAUGAAAUCACAUUGAAAAUUAAUGACAUAGUUCAGUUCAAGAAGGAGGAGCUGCCCUUGCAAGGAGAAAUAUUGAUAAGAUUGGCCAAGUUAGAGAAAGAGGAAUGUCAGAUGAAGAACGCUGGGGAUAAGGGUGUUGAGGAAUACAAAAAUACACUUCAGAUUAAGAAAAAGAAGCUCAGAGAGGAGCAAUGCAGCAAAGGCACGUCUGCUAGUAUGAGCUGCUUUAUCAGUGCAAUGUCAAAACCAGAAAGGGUCUAUUUCCUAAAAUGGCUGAGAAUCAAUUUGGAGAAUCGCUCACAUGAGGUACUGGCCAAACUCAGGGAAAUGUAUAAACAGAAAUGUCAAGAUAUUUAUGGGAACAAGAAGGAAAUUGCUGAGCUUGAUAAAAAGAUUUCAAACAGUCCUUUAGGAGUGGAGCACUUCAUUCGAGAGAUGAGCCAGGUUUACGAGGCUGCAGCUUCACUCUCAGAAGAUGCAAUUUCCCAAAAACAGCUGGAACAUUUACCUAAACUCUGUGCUCAACUACUGCUGGAUGGAUUUUCACUUGAACUUAUGGAUGGAGAUUCUUCAAAUAUCCCUGAAAAAUGGCUGUCUAGUGUGUUUUCUGAAUUAAACACACUGGUGGAGCCCAAAAACAAGAUUAUGGUUGUCACUGUUUUGGGCGUCCAGAGUUCAGGAAAGUCAACGCUGCUGAACACCAUGUUUGGAGUUCAGUUUGCAGUGAGCAGUGGAAGAUGCACAAGGGGAGCCUUUAUGCAGCUCAUUAAAGUAACAGAAGAUUGUGACGCAGAACUGAAAUGUGAUUAUAUAAUAAUAAUUGACACUGAAGGACUGAAAUCACCUGAGCUCGCACAACUGGACAACAGCUAUGAACAUGAUAAUGAGUUGGCAACUCUUGUUGUUGGACUGAGUGAUGUAACAAUUGUCAACAUCGCCAUGGAGAAUUCAACAGAGAUGAAAGACAUUUUACAGAUCAUUGUUCAUGCAUUCCUCAGGAUGAAGGAAAUAGGAAAGAAACACACGUGUUUGUUUGUGCACCAGAAUGUUGCUGAUGUCUCAGCUCAUGAUUCAAACAUGAGAGACCGUAAAUUUCUGUUGGAGCAACUGAAUGAAAUGACAGAAGCUGCAGCCAAAAUGGAGAACAAAUUGGAGUUCAAGAAAUUCACAGAUGUGAUGAAUUAUGACACUGAGACGGGUGACCACUACAUCCCUGGAUUGUGGCAUGGAAACCCCCCAAUGGCACCAGUGAGUAUUGGCUAUAGUGAGUCUGUGUAUGCUCUCAAAAAGCAUAUAAUGAAGAUGUUCAGAGGUUACAAGCCCAGUGACAUGAAUGAAUUUAUUAGAUGGACCAAAGACUUGUGGACUGCUGUGAAAUAUGAGAAAUUUAUCUUUAGCUUCAGAAACAGUCUGGUGGCUGAUGCAUACAUGAAACUGUGCACAGAGUACAACAAAUGGGACUGGACACUGAGAAAGCAAAUGCACACAUGGGCAUUACAGGCUGAAACAAAGAUCUUAAACCAUGGAAAAUUUGAAAACUCUGAGCAGUGCACCAUUGAAGACGUCCACUGUCAGUUAAUACAAAAAGCAGACAUUGAGCUUUCAAAGGUACACAAUGAAAUUACUGACAAGAUCAAAUCAUACUAUGAACAAGGAGAAGGUCAUGUUGAACUUGUGGAAAGUUAUCGACAAGAAUUUAUAAACUCUGCCAAGUCUUUGAAGACAGAGCUUUCAAAUUCAAUCAGAAUCAAACUGGAUGCUGCUGUUUCACGUCGAAAUGGAAUGAUGAAGGUGGAAGGAAUCAAAAAGACAUACAUGAACACAAUGGAGAAAAAAGUGCUGAACUUGCUGAAGCUCUGUAAUGAGGACAAGUCAGACAUGUCAGACUCCAUGCUGGAUGAAGCAUUUGAAAAGAUGUGGCAGGAGACUCUCAAUACAUUGCCAAACACAGGGCUCCAGAAACAAGACAUCAUCACAAGAGUUCUUCUUCAUUUGAGGAAAAAUCUUGAAUCUAGAGGAAGUUCAAUGACUCAAAACUUAGACAAAGUGAAGGAUUUAAACAAUCAAGGGCAAGAAAAAUUUAUUGCCUGCGAACACAAAAACUGGUUUGCCAAGUGGUAUUAUAAAAGUCAGAUCAAGACAGUUCAAAAUAUGUCAGACAACCUUAUCAGUGAUUGUUGGAAAUUUGUGAAAACAAAGAGUGAAAGUAAGGAUGAUUAUGAUGACACAUACAUCAGGGAAAUUCUUAACAUGAUUGAUGAGAAACUUAAGGCUCAUGAACAUCUUGAGCUAAAGGACCAUUUUGAACUGUCCCUUAAAUUACACAUCUGUGGCUUUGCAAGCAGAGAGUUUCAAAAGAUUCACAGUCGAUUCAUUCAGGAAAACAACCCACGAACAGCUUUGGAGAACUUCAAACAGUCAUACUACUCUGACUUUAUUGACCUUUAUCGUGAACAAGAUCAGUGUCAGAAGAAAGCUGAUGAAUUCAUGAGUAACUGCAUAAAACCUGCCUUGGAAAAAUACAUGUCUGAGGUUGUAGGCAUGAAAAUGGCAGACAAGAUGGUGACUGGAGAAAACUCCAAAAUAUUUAGAACAAGGAUAGCAUUUCAGAAUUCACUCUUGACAAAUCUUCUUGAUAAAUUUAAAUUUAAAAGAUAUUUCCUCUUCAUUAAGUCAUAUGAAACAUUUGUCAAAGACUUUAUUUUUGACAAAGUCAGAGAGCACUUUACAGCGGAGAACAGAAUGAUCAAAUUAGAGGAAGAGCUACUCAGUGAAGUCAUCAGUGAAAUUACUCAGGGAAUCGAAGAAGCAGAGCAAGACUCAAACAUAAAUGACAUCAAGGGAUUCAUCCAACACAUCUGCAAGAAACUUCAAGAAAGACUCGUUAUUCUCAAGGAUGUAGUGGACAAAAUUGGCACACUGAACAAUGCAAAUCCCCAAAAAAUUGCUGAAUGUCUUCAAUGUUCUGUGAAGGACAUGGAUAAAUUACUGAAAGAUAGUUUCCAAAAAUCAGGUUUUCAAAGCAGAAUAAAGCGUCUUCAAAUCAAACCACAGGAUGUGCUGUUCAAGCGAGUGUGGGGCUGUGGGAAACAGUGUCCAUUCUGUGAAGCACCAUGUGAGGCUGGAGGAGAAGCCCACACUAAACACUUUGUCUCAAUUCACAGACCAGAAGGUCUCGGUUGUACCAGAUUUAAUGAUUCUAAAAAACUAGUGACAGACAUCUGUACAUCAUCGGUGCACAGCGACACACGCUUUAAGAACAGAGACACCAAUGAUCAGUGGCAUCCAUACAAGGAAUACAGUAAAAUCUAUCCAGACUGGCAAAUUGAUCCAGACCGCAGCAUAGAGGCCUCAGCAUACUGGAAAUAUGUGAUGGCACAAUUCAAUGAGCAGUUUGCUGCAGAGUACAAUGCAAAGCCAGCAGAUAUACCCUCAACCUGGAAAGACAUCAAAAAGGAUGAAGCAAAGAAAAGCCUAGAGUAAACAUCAUUCAAUGAAUGAAUGAAUGAAUGAAUUAAUAAAUCUAACAGUAGAAAAGGCAUGUUUUGUUUCAGAAUUUAAUGCUAGCAUAUCACGAUUAAUGCAUGAAACAGAGAACAAUGUAAUGCCAUUAGACAAAAUUUUAUAACAAUUUCUGAUGUAGACAGAUGGCAGCUUGCAGUUGGUCCUGCCAUAAGAAAAGUCAUGAAAAGUAAAGUGAUUUUUUUGUUUGUUUGUUCUCUUGGUGAACCAUAAUUUUUUUCUCCUAUACAUUCAUGGAUAUUUUUGUUCUCUUGACAUGCCUUAAAGGUUUUCAAUAUUUGGCUGUUGAAAGUUUUUGUUUAAAAUUACUCUCUGCUUUAUUUACCAUAACUGUGUUGUGUUUUCACAAGCUAUGUUUUUUAUAUUGAGUUAAUUGUAAUACAUUUAAUUCUGUCUAUUAUAGCUAUAUUGAGAGCUGUAGUUUU